ACAUCAGCCUGACAUUUGGACUCUGUUGUGAUUCUCUUGAACUCUGGUCUUCACAUCCAUAAAUCAACAUUUGCUAUCAGUUCAUCAGAGCGCUAGAGCUUACUCAAGGAUAUGAAGCUGGGGAUGGAGGAGGGAAAUAACCAGCCCUGCAGAGACCACGGCGAAGGGUGUCGCAACUCUGAAUGAGACCACCAGAUCAUGAGGAGCAUGUACAUCCAAGUGACGGGGUGCAUCAGAGCGCAGGGCGCCUGUGGCUCCAGACAUUUACUUUGUGGCGUCGCACCGCAAAGGGCCCUUUGUGGUGUCGCACCGCAAAGGGCCCUUUGCAUGACUGCAGCAGAGACUGUGGCAGAGGGAAAGUUAGAAGGGAGGAAAGGAGCUGAGAGCGCGGGAGUCAGAAGGAAGGGUGUGGAUGGACGGGUGAGGAGCUUUGAGGAGAUCCCUCACACAGGGAAGAAUGGCUGGGUCAACUUGGUGAAAUUCUGGAGAGAAGAUCGUUUCCGGCAGCUCCACAUGCACAUGGAGAGGACGUUCAACACCCUCGGCCCCAUCUACAGGGAGUAUGUGGGCACCCAAAGCAGUGUGAACAUUAUGCUGCCGUCUGACAUUGGCGAGCUGUUUCGCUCAGAGGGCCUGCAUCCCCGACGGAUGACCCUGCAGCCGUGGGCAACACACAGAGAGACGCGCCAGCACAGCAAAGGGAUCUUCCUCAAGAACGGUGAGGAAUGGCGAGCUGACCGUCUACUGCUCAACAAGGAGGUGAUGAUGAGCGCGGCCGUAAAGCGCUUUCUUCCCCUGCUCGAUGAGGUGGCGAGGGAUUUCUGUCGAAUGCUGAGGGCCAGAGUGGAGAAGGAGGGAAGAGGCGAGGAGGGCAAACGCAGCCUGACCGUGGAUCCCAGUCCUGAUCUCUUCCGGUUUGCACUGGAAGCCAGUUGCCAUGUGAUCUAUGGUGAGCGUAUUGGCCUCUUCUCCUCAUCUCCCUCUCUGGAGUCCCAGAAGUUCAUCUGGGCUGUGGAGCGAAUGCUGGCAACCACCCCUCCUCUCCUCUACCUGCCCCCUCGCCUGCUGCUCCGCAUUGGUGCUCCUGUGUGGACCCAGCAUGCCAGUGCAUGGGACCACAUCUUCAGCCACGCGGAGGAGAGGAUCCAGAGAGGGUUGCAGCGACUGUCAUCAUCCUCCCAGGUUCGAGGGUCUGAGGCUGGAGCAGCUGGAGCAGCUGGAGGCCGCUACACUGGGGUCCUGGGCCAACUCAUGGAGAAAGGGCAGCUAUCUUUGGACCUCAUCAAAGCCAACAUCACUGAACUGAUGGCUGGAGGGGUUGACACGACAGCGGUGCCCCUGCAGUUUGCUCUCUUUGAGCUGGGCCGUAACCCUGAGGUGCAGGAGAAGGUGAGGCAGCAGGCUAGAGCGUCAUGGGCUCAGGCUGCUGGUGACCCUCAGAAUGCCCUGCAGGGGGCGCCACUACUGAAAGGCACAAUCAAGGAGAUUCUCAGGUUGUAUCCUGUGGGAAUCACAGUGCAAAGGUAUCCGAUCAAAGAUAUUGUUCUUCAGAAUUACCACGUACCUGCUGGGACGAUGGUCCAGGCCUGCAUUUACCCCCUGGGAAGGAGCGCAGAGGUGUUUGAGGACCCACAGCACUUUGACCCCAGCCGGUGGGUCAGCAGCAGGGAGGAAGGCCAAAAAGGAGAGGGAGCGGGGUUUCGCUCCCUGGCGUUUGGGUUCGGGGCGAGGCAGUGUGUCGGCAGGAGGAUCGCCGAGAACGAGAUGCAGCUCCUUCUAAUGCAUAUCCUGCUGAGCUUCCAUCUCAGUGUGUCGUCCUCAGAGGACAUCAAAACCACGUACACCCUCAUCCUCCAGCCCGAGACUCCGCCAAGGAUCACUUUCAGCAAACUCUGACACACACACACACACAUACACACAGAAGAGAACGGUGCUGUCAACAUUUCACAUGUUUAAUCACACCAUUCAGCACUGUGUUAAUCUCCCAAACAUAACCUCCACAUUUACUUCUUAUUUAAGCUUCUGUACUUGGCUUUCUUUCUGUAGCCUCCCACGUUUUGCUUUCCAAGCCAAGAAUUCAUAAUGCAGAUUAAUAAAAGUAUCAUUCCCUUC